CAACAAGUGCGCGCAUGCAAAAAGCCCCGGAGCCAGUGGUUUUAAGCCAGAGCCAGUGAGCCACUGCCUCAGCCCGAAAGGUCCACCCUGCUGUGUAGUGUAGUGUAACCGAAAGUGAAAGUGCAUCAUACUGCAGAGUGACUGUGAGAGUGAAAGGCUGGGCUGGACACCUGCCGGCGAAGUCCUUCGAGUCCUGCGAGUACGCGCGAUCCGAUCCGCAGGAUUAAAUUCUCAAUAGCUGCGCGCGUCAAUUAAACAUGUAACUCCCUUUCCCCAAAUCGAAACUGCGAUCGAUAAUUGCUUAGGUUUAGUGGUUUGGUGGUGGUGCCAAAGGUAGUAACCCCCCGAUUCCCAGAACGAGCCACCGAUAAAUUAUUGCUAUUAAUUUUUGUGAAGAUAAUCAGAUCGCUCAAGUGCUACAGUUUAGAUAUUGCAAUCGUACCGGGUGCCCAUUUUUGAUUUCAAUCGAAGGCUAAACAAGUCUAUUACCCCAUCUGCCACUGCAGCUGGAACCAAUCAAUACGGAAAUAUGAAUAGGUUUUGGAUAAUCGCUUUACUUUUAGGAUUACAGCAAACAAAGCCAAUAAAUGGACAAUCGGAUGUGCUGGUGAAUCUAGUGGUGCCGCGAUAUGUGGAGCGCGGAUCGAGUGCCACCUUCAAGUGCACGCACAAUGUCCGGCCGGAAAUACUGUUCAAGGUUACAUGGCUGAAGGUUGACAAGGGCAAGUUCUUUGAAUUUAUUAACGGACGAAAUCCGCCGUUCCGUAACUCAACCAUCGAGGGAGCCGAAAUCGACUGGGACAAUUCCAACGAGCAGCAGGUGACACUGAAGGAUGUCCAGUUCGAUCUAUCCGGCCAGUUCUACUGCGAGGUAUCCACGGACACCCCCAUUUUCACCAAGGCCAGCGCCGAUGAGCUGAUGAGCGUGUUCUUGCCCCAGACGGGUCCGCCCACCAUUAAGUUUCGCAAGAGAACGCCCUUCGCGGUGGGCGAGAAACUUUUCGCCCUGUGCAACACCACCCGCGGCCGGCCUGCGCCGCACAUCACGUGGCUAAUCAAUGGGAAAAAGGUGGAGGACAAGUACGUGCGCACCCACCACGUGUUCUCCUUCAAUGGGAAGCACCAGCACCAGCGUCGCACGCAGCAGCAGCAGCAGACGCAGCUGAGUCAGCAGCAGCUGCAGCAGCAGUAUUUCCAGCAGCAGUACUUCAACCAGUACCAUCAGCAGUAUCACAUCCCCGUUGGCCAAUUCAUGGACCGCUACGACAAAAGCCUACGAUGGCCAGCAGGAGCACGAGCAGAUGAGUUCCCGCACUUUUUGUCGCACCACCAUGAGGGGCACGGACACCACGGCAGCCUGUACAACAAUCCGUUUGGAUCGCUGGCCAACUACCAUGACGUGGGCGAGUUCCACGAGGUGCAUCAGCGCAACUACGACAGCAACAAGAAGAACAUGGAGCUGAAGAAGCAGCAGCAGAUGGAGAUGAAGAAGCACAGGAACAGCAACCGCAAGUAUCGGCGCCACAUAAACGAGAACGCCCUGGGCAUCAUUCGCAGCACCCUGAACAGCGGCGGCUUCGGUCCUCAGGCUCCCAACAUGAACAAGGAGCUGGGCAUCCCAUCAAACGCUGGACCCAUGAACCAGCUGGCAGCGGGCUACCAGCGACCGCUUUCGCAUCCCGGCGGAGGAAGCGGGGUGGCGGCUGCAGCGGCCGCCGUUACUGCCGCCCAGCAGGAGAAGGGCAUGUUUAGUAUCAGCCAGCUGAACAUCGAGCUGACCGAGGAGCACGUGGGCAGCAAUAGUCGCAUGGAGAUCACCUGCCUGUCCACGAUCCCGGCGACUGUGGGCCAGGGCGAGCAGUACGCCGACUACAAGACUUACUCAGUGAAAGUUGAGGUGGAGCGACAAUUGGCCUCCUCCACGUCGACGGCUCCGCCGAGCAUCGGAAUGGCAGCGCUGGGCAAUGGAAACGGACAUGGCAACGAGACCUCCGCUGGACGGAGGGCACAUGGCACGGUAGUGACGCACUUGUGGUCGCUGGCCCAGCUCCUGCUGCUCGUCCUGCUGCCAAUCAGCUACUAGAUGGCACAAAAUGCGAAGUGCAGGCGAACGGGAUACGCUGGAGGAGAGGAGAAGACCACCGACACUCGCACUGAAGGUAUUGUUAAUGCAAAACCAAGGGCAACCACAUCAUCACCAUCCCCAUCCCAUCAAGGACAAAAGCAGCAACAGCAUCGGAAAAAACAAGUUGGAAUUUUUGUAAAUUGUACACCGCAUUUUUAAUCUAUUUCCCCAGCAUGAGCUCGAUCGAGCAGCUAAAUUAGUGCAGCUCAAAUAGGGCAAAAGAAAAAAACCAACAAUGGACUAAGAGAACAUUUUUAGCAUUUGUGCUCGCCUUGGUCGGCCAAUUUAAAUAGUUUACUUGUAAAUAACUGCAGAUGACCGAGAAAAGCGGGCGUGGAUUUUCCCCCUUUUUUUUGUGUGGCCGCAAUGCCAAAGAGAAAUGUUUGUAAUUAAGUUGCAGUCGGACGGGAAAUUGGGUAGAAUGCUUUCAGUGGCCAGCGGCCACUUUUUUGUAGUCCGAGAAGAAUUUUGUAUAGCUAAUUGAACAUAAGUUUCGGGAUAGGAGGCGACUGCAACUCAGAACAAAGAAACCAAAGUUUUUGCGCUCUGCCAAGGUCAGUGCGUCAAGGGCGUGGUGCUCCGCCCACUGAUUUCAGUCUUGUCAGAUGCGUGGGAGAAGGCACAGCCCCACCCCGCCCCAAAAAGAAAACAAGAAACAAAAAAACCCAGAGAAAUUCAAAUCCCAAGUAGCCAGAAUUGAUUGAGGCUAUCGUUUUUAGGCGUUUCAAAGCAGUCGCUACGAAGCUUGUACCUAAAAUGCAUGAUCUUAGUGCUGUAGUGCAUACCAAAUCGAAUUACAAAAAACACUCAAAGGAAACAUAUUUUUUACGGUAUUGUAGCGCUUGGGCUAGUCAAACGGAUAGGAAUAUAGGGAUGUGGCUAACUGAGAGUAGGCUAAGAUUAGGGCAAUUGCGUUUAGGAGCCAGCAGUAUCGUAACCCGAAUGCCCCGUACCAACGUACCCCCGGAAUUAAAACGUUUAAAUGUAAAAUAAUUAGACAGUUAAACCAAGAAGCUUACAGAAACAAUCAGUGUUGAAAACAUUUUCGAGAAAACAACCAAAACAAAAUAGGAGAAGGCGGAGCGAAAAAUAGCACGCAGAAGCCGAAGAAAAGGAGCCGAAAGAGGCGCAAUCUGCGGCGCGUGGUGACCCCGAAAAUGGGAAAGGAUCACCCCCGGAGGGUUAGUCUCGUAAUGGGUCACCCCACUCCGGAACGACUCCGCUUUACAUUACGACGCUUAUUUAUUUAUUUUCAUUUUGGAGCCUUCUUUUUGGGUUUGUUGUGUGUAAAUGGUUAUCGUUGCAAUGGUUCGUUUAGUGUGUAGUUAGGAAAAUAUUUGCCGUUGCGAUUAAUUGUUUUCAUUAAGACUUUCCUUUCCCGGUUUUUUUUUUAUUUUUGGUCGGUUAAGAAGCGGCUUAGUCGCAGUGCUUAACAACAAGUACGUAUGCAUUUCGUGUGUAUUUAGGAGGAUUAUUUUCGAGCGCGCUUUAAGUGUCUAUGGCUAAAUAACCAUUUUAACACGUAGCAUAACAAUGUAACUAUGUAAAGCAAGAUGGUAGCAACCACGGACAACCCGGCAAAGUAAAUAUAUGUAAAGCAAUUAGUGGACUUGUCUAUACUCUCUAAAAACAAAAACAAAAAUGAAAAACAAAACCAAAAAAGUAUAUAUAAAUGAUUGUCUGUACUGUGUGUGUAAUUAGGCUUCUAUUUUUGACUUCUACUCGACGGCAAAAUGCAAAACCAAACAUAAGUUAAGUAUAACAACUAAACCUGCUAUGUUCUCCAACAGUUUGAGCAAGCGAAAUCCGUUAAAGCAAACCGAUAACAAUUAACAAAGAACAAUUAAAACAGCAAAUUGAAAAAUCUUGCCACAGUUGAAACAUUUUCCAAGGGUUGUCCUCAUUGUGAGUACACGUACAUGUAGUUUCUUGGCCAGUGAAGGCGGAUGAGUACACCAACUGGAUAAUGCUUGAACGAACUACGACAAUUUUUUAUAAAUGAAAUAUACUUAAUUAUGAUAACGGUGACAUCACGUAUAAAUAAUUGAAAACAAAGUUCAUAUUAUGUAUGAAAAUAUGGCUAAAAUGUCUUAUGCAGGUAUUGACGUCUUCCUAUGCUACGCUGUCUAUUAUUAACAGAAAAAAAUUGAUUACAUUUAUAAAUUAUACAUUACGAAUAGGUGUGCAUGCAAAUUUACUGAUUGCAUACAAUAAGAACUAAAUAAAAGAGUAAACCGAAUAAGUAAAAAAGAUACACUUAUACACAAACAAAUGUAAAUGCUUUAAAACGAUUCGAUAAUUUAUUCCUACCUUAAUUCAAAUCCGUAGACUACUAUAUAUCGUUUUAGUAAUGAUAUGAUUAUGGUAUGCUAAUUUCGGCCAUUAUUCAAUUCCAGUUGAUUUAAUUUAUGUAAACUUAUACGGGAGCUAUUUCCCAGUUAGUUAUGGGUUUGUAAAUCACUCGUACUAGUAAAUGUUUCCCACCAAUCUAUGAACAAGUGCAAACACCAACGCAUCACUCUCUACACUCGCCAACACAUCCGCAGUUUUCCCCAAAAAAAACUUUCCUAAAUGUCAUACACUCUCUUCUCUAUUUGUCUGUAUAAAUAUGAAACUGCGUGUUGUCUUCAAUUCAGUCGUCUGUUGUCUUAGCAAAUAUCCGCAUGAAUAUGCAUAAUUGCAUAUUCCCAGUCACGUCGCUAAUUAUGCAACCUCUAUCGAGCAUAUCUAUGUAUGUGUAUCUAUGUAAAAACUCCAUAUAUGUAGGUGUCCAGUGCAAGCGAAACGCAAGAGGAUGAUAUUUAUAUAGAUCAAAUAAGAGUACAUUAAGUGUCGCAGCAAUUCGCAAAACAUAUCAUAAAUGUUGUAACAUUUUCGGAUCCCAAUACAAUGAGAGCCCAGCCUCUCGAGUCGGAUGCCAAUUAACAUUUUUCAUGCCUAGCAUAUGGUAUUUGUGCCGAUUAAUUAUUAUUAUUGUUUGUUGAGGCUUCUCCAAGUCAUAUAAGUGGAUAUUGACUCGGCUGCCAUGGGGUCUCAUGUUGAAGAGGAAAUGACAUUAUAAUGAAAUGGGAACGCAUGAUAUACAAAUAUGCACACGAAACGCAAACAAACAAUAUAUUUAAAUGUUGUAUUUUGAUAAGUCGAAAGUAUUACGAUGAUGUCAGAUGGCCGGACAAAAAGACAUUUUGUCCGGAAAUCAGAGUCGCGUCUAUCUUUAUCAUUUCUCUCACAUCAAAAUCUUCCAGUCACACAUAUCAUUGCAUAUUGAACAAAACAUGAAAUUAUACAAAAUAUAUAUUGAAAUUAUGUAUACAACAAGACAUAAGGAAAACACAUAAAAAAGCGUGUAUAAAAGAUAUAUAUUUAUAGAGAAAAGGCAUGUUUAUUAAUUUUAGACACUUACACCACAAAAAGCUUUAACUUUUUGUUCCCAUUGUUUAUCGAACAUUAAUAUAAUCGCAUGCACAAAUCACGUGGAAAAUAUUUGAGCCUAAUUUGAAUUUCCCUGAUUUGUAUUGUAUAAAAUGUUUUAAGGUCUAAGAAAUUGUCUAGAUAAAUAGCAUUAUUGAGGCUACUAAUAAUAACUGAAUAUUGAAGAAACCCAGACAAAUUGAACUCGAUAAACGUAAAGUAAAUAUUUAUUUAUAGAUACAGACAUACCAAGCGAGCGAUACAAUUGCAAAAAUUGCAACCUAUGCAAGACAAGCGCAGAAAAUAAAUUUUGUGGAAUAUGUGUAUUAUUAUUAUACUAAGCCACGAAUAUUUAUAUGUACACUGAGCGGCAGACAGAAUUAAGUGUAAAGUUUAAAGUGUAAAUUAACAAACGAAGAACAACAAUUACGAUUACAACUCAACCCAAAUUAUGGCGCCUACUGCUUGGCCAAUCUACUACACUGAAAGGGAUAUACAGCAUAUUAAAUAUACAUACAGAAAUACGAAUAUUUGUGGUAAAGAGAACGAACUAAAAAAUAAAUGUUGAAAACAAAA